CCGUGUCCGCCUUCCUUGGACGUGACUCAAUCCGUCGCGUUGGCUGUGAACCAAUGAAAAGGCAGCGCCUCUCCAGCCCCGGCCAAUCAGCUUUCGGACUAAAGAGUUUAACUCCUAUUUAAAAUGACUCUUUGAAUCUCAACGGCUCGGCUCUCCGGAGGACUCGGCGGCCUUGGGUCGGAGGCCAGAGCCACAGGCAUCAUGGACAAAUCUAAAGAAAACUGCCUUUCGGGCCCAGUUAAGAUGACAAUUACACCUGGUGAUGGACCAAAACGUGUCCCGGUGACGCAGCAAUUUCCUUCUCAGCAUCCGCUAUCUGCAAACAGUGGCCAGGCUCAGCGGGUCUUGUGCCCUUCCAAUUCCUCUCAGCGAGUUCCUUCACAAAGGCUUGUCUCCAGCCAUAAACCGGCUCUGAAUCCAAAGCAGAAGCAAUUGCAGGCCACCAGUGGCCCUCGCCCUGUCUCUAGGCCACUGAGUAAUGCGCAAAAGAGCGAGCAGCCCCAGCCGCCAGCCUCGGGAAAUGAUUCUGAAAAGGAAGUGGCAUCAAAACAGAAAAAUGAAGAAUCGAAAAAAAGGCAAUGGGCUUUGGAAGAUUUUGAAAUUGGUCGCCCUCUGGGGAAAGGGAAGUUUGGAAACGUUUACUUGGCGAGAGAAAAACAAAGCAAGUUCAUCCUGGCUCUGAAAGUCUUAUUCAAAGCUCAGCUGGAGAAAGCUGGAGUGGAGCAUCAGCUGAGACGAGAAGUAGAAAUACAGUCCCACCUCAGGCAUCCAAACAUUCUCAGGCUUUAUGGUUAUUUCCACGAUGCCACCAGAGUGUACCUAAUUCUAGAAUACGCGCCUCUUGGAGCUGUCUAUAGAGAACUUCAGAAGCUGUCCAGGUUUGAUGAGCAGAGAACUGCUACUUAUAUCACAGAAUUGGCAAAUGCUCUGUCAUAUUGCCACUCAAAGAGAGUUAUUCAUAGAGACAUUAAGCCAGAGAAUCUGCUCCUUGGACCAGCUGGAGAGCUUAAGAUUGCAGAUUUUGGGUGGUCUGUACACGCCCCAUCCUCCAGGAGAACCACCCUCUGUGGCACCCUGGACUACCUGCCCCCUGAGAUGAUCGAGGGCCGCAUGCAUGAUGAGAAGGUGGAUCUCUGGAGUCUUGGAGUCCUUUGCUAUGAAUUUUUAGUUGGGAAGCCUCCUUUUGAGGCAAGCACAUACCAAGAGACCUACAAAAGAAUAUCGCGGGUUGAAUUCACAUUCCCCAGCUUUGUACCAGAGGGAGCCAGGGACCUCAUUUCAAGACUGUUGAUGCAUAACCCCCACCAAAGGCUGACCCUGAGAGAAGUACUGGAGCACCCCUGGAUCAUAGCAAAUUCCUCAAAACCAUUAAGUAGCCAAAAAACCAAAGAACCAACCAGCAAGCAAUCUUAAGACUCUUGUAGGGGGAGGACCCCAUGAGCCAAGGCUGCUGUGUCCAUCGGUCAGAAACACACCCCUAACAUGAUCUUAUUGCCAACUGCCUGCUUGCAAUCUGCAGUGCUAGGAAAAUACACAGAAAGUUCCACUUCAAGAAACGUGACACUCUGAAGCGCAAGUAGCCACGAGAAUCGUGCUAACUUCACUGGUUUCAUCACCCAGAGGCAAGUUCAGGUGCAGCCGCCUCGCAAUCUGUCUGGACUAAGGCGUCCUUGUGGAAGGUGAACUCGGAGUUGGUUAUGGGCAGAGUGGCCCCUCUGCCCUGACCCAGUCAGUUCAGGAGCUGUGCAAUAACCUCCCAAGUACCUGAGUGUGUGUGUAACUUACUGGGUGGCCACACCUGAUAAAGUUGUCAGAAUGAGUAUGUGAUUCUUUUAAAUGUUAAAAUAAAGAGAUGUGCAUAGACUUUGUCCCUUCCGGAAUGCGCUGUCUCCGUCAGGCCUGUUAUCUAGUCCUCCUUGACCACUGUCUCGUGUCUGAGACUAAAACAGGAACACGUGCUCCUCCUCCAUCGCAGGACUUGCUCGGAAUACAGCCGAGAUGUGUUUCAGCCAGUUCUAAGUGUUGAGGGCUCUUACAAAUGUUUUUGAUGGUUUAUAUAUUGUUUUUAUAAAUACACUAAGACAUAUACAAAA